CCUUAAGAAAUCAGAUUUAUACAAUUGAAGGUUUCUUGACAUGGUAUCAGAGCAAGUAACCUAACUACAACAAGGUUGUUUGCUCGAUUCUGUGAUCUAAAUUCCGCUACAAGAUCACUCUGAUUUUUAAUCUCAAAUCUCUUUAAUUUUUUGACCUAACUUUCAAUAUUCUCUCGGUUGAAAGCUUCUUCUUCUUCUUCUACGAUGGCUACAUCAUCCUCCACUUCGUCCUCCACGUCCUCUGCCUUGACUGAAGUGGUGGCUCAGCCUCGUGUUGAAACUCGGCGAACAAUAUCACCGUAUGACUUAACCUCCAAUGAUAAUCCCGGUACUUUAAUCUCAAAACCUUUGCUGCGUGGCCCAAAUUAUGACGAGUGGGCAAACAAUCUCCGGCUUGCACUCAAAGCUAGGAAGAAAUUUGGCUUCGUCGAUGGAUCUAUACCUCAGCCUCCGGAAGACGAUGCCGACUAUGAAGACUGGAUCGCAAAUAAUGCGCUUGUGAUCUCUUGGAUUCGUUUAACCAUUGAAGAAACUCUCUCCUCUUCCGUCUCUCAUAUUCACAAUUCUAGCGAGUUAUGGACACAUAUCCAGAAGAGGUUUGGUGUGAAAAAUGGGCAACGGGUCCAACGUUUAAAAACAGAAUUAGCAAAUUGUAGACAAAAGGGGCUAGCCAUUGAAACGUAUUAUGGAAAGCUCACGCAGCUUUGGGGUAGCUUGGCUGAUUAUCAAAGAGCCAAAACCAUGGAAGAAGUGAGGAAGGAGCGUGAGGAAGACAAGUUGCACCAAUUUCUCAUGGGACUUGACGAUGCUUUGUACGGUUCAGUGAAAUCAAAUUUGCUUUCUCGGGUGCCUCUGCCUAGUCUUGAGGAAGCAUACAAUGCAUUGUGUCUUGAUGAGGAAUCCAAAAAUCUGAGUCGUGACAAUGAUGUAAGGGAAGACGGCGUCAGCUUUGUAGUUCAAACAAAUGUGGCUCGAAAAUUUUUUGAAAACAGAGGCAGCUCUGUUUCGUGCACAAUAUGUGGUCGCACCGGUCACAUAGCUGAUAACUGCUUUCGGAAAAUAGGCUAUCCUGAGUGGUGGGGCGAGAACACAAAACAGAAUUCGAAUUUUCGAAAUAAAUCAGGAAAUCAAGCUGCCAAAGGAAAUUCAAAUUCUAGUGGUAUGAGUCAAGGAAGAACAACAACAUCUGUGGGAUCGAUGAUGGGCAAGGGUUCAACUUCUGCUCAAGCCAAUCAUGUUUCCACAGCUUUGCUAAACACUGCCAUCGCAACAAAGACUCCUUCUCUAACCUCUGCGGAUCGUGUUGGUAUAAUUGGUCUCAGCAAUGAAGAGUGGAAUUCUGUCGUCAACGCUCUUGCAAAACGUAACUCUCCGCCGGAUGAUACUCCCUCCGGAUCGCAUCACCAAGACCCUGAUUGGUGCGGGUGAACAACAGAAUGGACUUUAUUUUCUAAGAGGAGUGGAAGUUGCUGCAGCUGCUCAUUC